UAGCACCCCAUAGAAUCAAGACCUCAAGACAGAGAGACUAGCUGAGCUGUAGUUUUCUGGGGUAGGGUGUGGACAUAAAUAAGAAAAUUAAGAAGACCAUUUUGUUCCACUUCACUAAUUGCUGUGGUUCCAGCUAGCGAGCAAUCCUGUGCUGCUGGUGGGGCUGCCCUCUGGGCCAACAAACUGGUUAUAAAUGAAGAGAGAGGGAGAGACCAGCUGGUGAUUGAUAUCUUUAAACGUGUCUCCUAAAUUAAUUAUAGCUUGCAGGCUCAAGAAACAUGGCUGAGCCUGGUGAUGAUAACUAUAAACUUAUAAGCAUGGAAGCAAAGACACUCAGACAUUCCCAGAGUUACCAAGAAACGACUUCAGUGGGGAUUAAAAGAAUGCAAAAGCGGUUUCUCCAGAAAGAUGGAACCUGCAACGUAUACUUCAAACACAUCUUUGGGGAGUGGGAGAGCUAUGUAACUGACAUUUUCACCACAUUGGUGGACAUCAAAUGGCGCCACAUGUUUGUGAUCUUCUCAUUAUCCUACAUCCUGUCCUGGUUGUUCUUUGGUUUGGUCUUCUGGCUGAUUGCGCUCCAGCAUGGUGACUUAUCACCUGACGAAGAAGUAACCCCUUGUGUUGAUAAUGUCCAUAGUUUCACAGGGGCUUUUUUAUUCUCCCUUGAAACCCAAACAACCAUUGGCUACGGAUCCCGUUGUGUCACUGAAGAAUGUUCAGCAGCAAUCCUGACCGUAGUCCUACAAUCAGUAUUAGGCUGCAUCAUUGACACAUUCAUCAUUGGAGCGGCUUUGGCCAAAAUGGCAACUGCCCGGAAGCGAGCUCAGACCAUCCGCUUCAGCUAUUAUGCCACGGUAGGCUUAAGAGAUGGCAAACUCUGCCUGAUUUGGCGCAUAGGUGAUUUUCGGCCUAAUCAUAUGGUUGAAGGCACAGUGAGAGCCCAGCUCUUGCGGUAUGUGGAAGAUCACGUAGGAAGGAUGAUCUUGGAAUACAAGGACUUAAAAUUAUUAAGUGACCAGAUCAUUCUUGCUACCCCAGUGACCAUUGUACAUGAAAUUAACCAAGACAGCCCAUUAUACGACAUGGACAGGAAAACUCUGGCAAAAGAAAACUUUGAGAUCUUGGUUACAUUUGUAUACACCGGAGAUUCAACAGGAACGUCCCACCAGUCAAGGAGUUCUUAUGUGCCUCGAGAAAUCCUUUGGGGCCACAGAUUCAAUGACGUUCUGCAAAUGAAGAAAAAGUACUACAAAGUCAACUGCCUCCAGUUUGAAGAAACCACAGAGGUCUAUGCUCCAUACUGUAGUGCCAAGCACCUAGAUAGCAAGGAACAAGAAUAUACAGCUUUUGAAAAGGCAAUGGAUGGAGAACCUGGAACAUCAACAUCGUCAUCAUCGUCAUCAUCAUCAUCAUCAGGAGUCAGAGUCAGAUCAUUUAGUGCAGAUGCUUUAAUCAUCCAUUCCGAAAUCUCUGAAGAGUCGGCCAAAACUUCUAAUCAAGUUAAUACUAUGGAGCUGCCAUAUGAGAGAGCUCUGGUGACUUUAAGCAGAAUCUCAAUGGAAUCCCAGAUCUAGGGAUCCAUUGCAAUAACGGCUGUUAACUUUUUGCAGCACUGUGGCAGUUUUCAUGCGCACAAGUUUCACUUACAUACUUAUGAAACUGACCCUCAAAUCAUAAAAGGAAGAAGAACUGAUUCACUGCCGCUUAAUUAAGACUUCAUUCUAACUGGAAUUCAUGGCUUGUAGAUCCUUUAAAAUCACAUCCUUUAAAAUCACUCUUUUCACAAGUUGUAGAGCUGUUUAUUCAAGUAAUAUAAUUCUUAGAAAAUGCUCAACGAUACUCUGUACAGAUCUACACAGAAGGAAAUCUGUUGUUUAAAAUGUCAAUGUUGUCUUUCCACUGAAUCCACAAAGCCAGAUUACUGAAUUUAAACUGUUUCAGUUCCAGCAUUCUGGGAAUGCUAGGAGUUGUGGGACUUUUUUUUCUGUCUGAACAUGCAUAGGAUUCUGUCCAUAGGUACAUGAAUUUGUAUUUUUACAGAUAAGUGUGUUUUCAAGGCACAAUUAGCUUAAUUCAAGUAUUUGAAAAUACUGGUUUGUAUGUUGGAGCAUAACUUAAUUGUUAGCAUAUAUGCUACUUUUGGAAACUAUUUUGGGGAAGUGUUAAAAUGUUAGGCUUCUCUUUGAUGGAUGCAUUUUUCUUUUUCUUUUUAAAACAAUCAGAUUUUGACUAUUUUCUUUUGCUAUUUCAUAUAAAAUACUUGGGGUUCUGCAUAAAUUAUGGGAAACUAUUUGUUACCAAGAGUUUGAAAGAAGUAGUUAACUUUGCCAAAGUUCAAGGCACCUUAUUUGCUUGCACUUGAAUUAUGUUGAUUAAUUAUUGCUUUGCUACAUGCUUGUUCUGAGAAUAUAAGGCCAACUGCCCAAACUUAUGGUUGGAGCAUUUCCAUUUAGCAAUUUUUCAUCAUGUAAUAAUUCUAUGUACAGAAU